AUGUCUAAAGUACAUUAUCAACUUUUUAUACUUCUUUUUCUUAUAAUUACAUUAAUAAAUUCUUAUAAUAUUUCUUCAUGCAUUUCAAAUACACCAUGUCAAUGUUAUUUAACACAAUAUUCAUUUAAAUUAUUCAAUUGUUCACAUACAUUAUCUGAUAUACCUAUAUUUAAUUCAAAAAUAAUAGAUAAUAUAACAAAAGUUAUAGCACAAAAUUCAUUUAAUCAAUGGCCAAUUCAAUUAUGUAAAUAUUCAAAUAUUCAAAUACUUGAUUUAAGUGGUUCAUAUUUUAAUUCAGAAUUUAUUGAUUUAUCAUGUUUAAUUUAUUUAAUACAUUUAAAUUUAAGUAAUACACGAUUAAAUAAUAUUCCAAAUUUUAAUAAAAAUUUUUCAAAUCAUUUACAAAUACUUGAUCUAUCAAAUAAUUAUAUAAAAAUUCUUGAUGGUUUAUAUUUUCAAUCAUUAAAUAAUUUAAUUUCAUUAUUUUUACAAAAUAAUCCAAUUAAAACUAUUGAACAUUUAGAAAUUUUUUUUUAUUUAUCAAAUCUUGAAACAAUUAAUUUUAUUUCAUUAAAUAGAGAUAUUACACUUAAACAAUUAAUAAAUAUAAAUCAAUGGAUUAAUAUAUCACAACAAUGGAAUAAUACAAAAAAAAAUUUUUUUAUUCGUAUAAAAAAUAUUCCAUUACAAUUAAUUCUACCAAAUCCAGAACAAUUUUCAAUUAUUUCAAUUGAUUCAAUAAAAAUUAUUUUAAAAAAAUUUAUUAAUUCAACAUUUAUUACUUUAUUUAAUACACCAAAAUGUGUUUGUUCUCAUCUUCGAAUUUAUCAACGAAUAUUUUCAUUUAUUGAUUAUCAAAAAAAAUAUUCAUCAUCAUUAUUUCAAUCAACAACAUGUCUUAUGUCAGAUGGAAUAACUCAUGCUCGUUUAUUUGAUCGUCGAACAUAUAUUGACUUACGAUGUCCAUUAUUUGGAAAAACUUUUUUUCCUUUAAUAGAAAGUUCAUCAUCAUCAUCAUCAUCAUUAAACAAUGUAUUGAUUCCUUUUUCUAUUUUUUAUUUGUUUUUAAUGCAUUGA